CCUAGUAGUCACCUCUAGAUUUUCUUUUGAAUUGAGUAGACCUACCACAUGUAAGUGACAAAAUUUAGAAGAUGAAAACUCUAGUCUUCCUUUUUGGAUUAAGUGCAGUUGCACUUGCUAACCCGCCGUCACAUCUAUGCCCACCGGUUGAUGGUCCAGAUUCCGUGUAUUUGCCCCAUGAAAAUUGUCGUAAAUUUUGGCAGUGCUCAAACGGUGUAGCCUACGAGUUUGAUUGUGCCCCUGGUACAGUUUUCAAUCCUAAUAUCAACGUAUGCGUCCAUCCCGUGGAUUAUAUUUGCAAUGACAAUGGUAAUCCACCAACUGAGGACCCAGGAACCAAUGCGCCCGAAACUGAAGACCCUGUGACCGAAGACCCUGUAACUGACGGACCAGGAACUGAUGAUGAUACUGAGGAUCCUGUAACCGAAGAUCCUGCCACUGAUGGGCCAGGAACUGAUGAUGAUACUGAAGGCCCUGUAACUGAAGAUCCUGUAACUGAUGGGCCAGGAACUGAUGAUGAUACUGAAGGCCCUGUAACUGAAGAUCCUGUAACUGAUGGACCAGGAACUGAUGAUGAUACCGAAGAUCCUGUAACUGAAGAUCCUGCAACUGAUGGACCAGGAACUGAGGAUGAUACUGAGGACCCCGUGACUGAAGAUCCUGCAACUGAUGGGCCAGGGACUGAUGAUGAUACUGAGGAGCCUGUUACAGAGGAACCUGUAACUGAAGAACCAGACACCGAUGCACCAGACACUAACGAACCUGUUACGGAAGAACCAGAUACCGAAGAACCAGUUACUGAUGUGUCAGAUCCAACCGAACAAACUCAAGAACCUACUGUUUCUGAUACACCGACGCGUCCUAGCUGGCCUACUAGACCCAGUCGACCAAGUCGUCCAAGCAGACCAAGUAAGCCAAGCCGUCCAAGUAAACCCAGUCGUCCAACUAGACCAAGUAAACCAAGCAGACCAAGUUGGCCAAGUCGUCCUACUCGUCCAACCCAAGGACCUACAGACCCAGCUGUAACUGAUGACCCUGUUACUGAAGAACCCACCGAAGAACCUACCGAAGAGCCCACGGAAGAACCCACCGAAGAACCUACCGAAGAGCCCACGGAAGAACCCACCGAAGAACCCACCGAAGAACCCACUGAAGAGCCCACGGAAGAACCCACUGAAGAGCCCACGGAAGAACCCACGGAAGAACCCACCGAAGAACCCACCGAAGAGCCCACGGAAGAGCCCACAGAAGAACCAACGGAAGAACCUGAGACUGAGGAGCCAGCGACGGACAAACCAACUCGUCCCAGUCGACCUACUGGUAAACCUAGUCGUCCAAGUAGACCUAGUCGUCCAACACGUCCAAGUAGACCUAGUCGUCCAACACGUCCAAGCAGACCAAGCAAACCCACUCGACCACCAACUAAUGCUCCAACAGAUGCUCCCACGGACACUCCAACAGAAGAACCAACUGAGGAGCCAACCGAAGAACCUACCGAAGAGCCAACCGAAGAACCUACCGAAGAGCCCACAGAAGAACCAAGUGAGGAACCUGAGACUGAAGAACCAGCGACUAAUAAACCAACUCGCCCCAGUCGACCAACUGGUAGACCUACACGUCCAACACGUCCAGGCAAACCAAGUAAACCCACUAACGCUCCAACCGAUGCUCCUACGGAUGCUCCAACCGAAGAACCAACUGAAGAGCCAACCGAAGAACCCACCGAAGAACCUGAAACUGAAGAACCAGCGACUGAUAAACCAACUCGCCCCAGUCGACCAACUGGUAGACCUACUCGUCCAACACGUCCAGGCAAACCAAGUAAACCCACUCGACCACCAACUAAUGCUCCCACAGAUGCACCAACUGAAGAAGUAACGGAAGAACAAACUGAUGCUCCAACUGAGGAGCCAACUCAGCAACCAUCGGAACAACCGGCGAGUUCUGGCAGACCAUCGAAACCAACGAGACCGAGGCCAUCGCGUACACCGAAACCCUCGAGACCGCCACAUGGUAGAUCAAGCGAGGAAUCGAACGAAUCCAACUCUUCAAGCUCAUCAGAAUCCAACUCUUCAAGCUCAUCAGAAUCCAACUCAUCCGAAAAUAUUUACAAUUCGUAUUUGACACAAAACCAAAAGAUGCUAAAACCAACGAUACUUUUUUUAUUGUGUAUGGCCGGGAGCUUAACUAGCUCUCCGUCGGAUUUAUGUCCAAAUGUUGAUGGCCCCUACCCUGUAUACUUGCCACACGAGGAUUGUACCAAGUUUUACGAGUGUUCCAAUGGUGUAGCGUACUUGUUUACAUGUAGAGAUGGUCUGCAUUUUAAUCCUGUGUUAGAAGUAUGUGAUUAUCCAUAUGCUGCUGGUUGUGAAGACAAGAAACCGACAUCUGCUCCUGAACCUCCUAAUUCUUGCCCGGCAGUCGAUGGUCCUUAUCCGGUUUAUUUACCGCAUGAAGAUUGUGGCAAAUUUUAUGAAUGUUCGAAUGGUGUUCCCUAUUUGUUUGAUUGUCCUGCUGGCCUGCACUGGAAUGUUCAAUUAGAAGUGUGUGAUUGGCCGCAGAAUGCUGGUUGUGAAGGUGGUAAUAAACCGAGCACUGAGAAGCCAGCAACUGAAGCACCGGAUACUGAAAAGCCUGCUACUGAAGAGCCUGACACUGAAGAACCUGCCACCGAAAUACCGGACACUGAAGAACCUGAUACGGAAGCACCCGAUACUGAGAAGCCCGUUACAGAUGACCCUGCCACUGAGGCACCGGAUACUGAAGCACCAGACACUGAAGAACCUGAAACUGAAGUACCAGAUACUGAAGAACCUGAUACCGAAGCGCCAGACACUGAAGAACCCGACACUGAUGCACCAGAUACUGAAGAACCUGAUACUGAAGCGCCAGAUACUGAAGCACCGGAUACUGAAGAACCUGACACCGAAGCGCCAGACACUGAAGAACCCGUGACAGAAGAACCCGCCACCGAAGCACCGGAUACUGAAGAACCUGACACUGAAGCACCCGACACCGAGGAGCCUGUUACAGAGGAACCUGUAACUGAAGAACCAGACACCGAUGCACCAGACACUAACGAACCUGUUACGGAAGAACCAGAUACCGAAGAACCAGUUACUGAUGUGUCAGAUCCAACCGAACAAACUCAAGAACCUACUGUUUCUGAUACACCGACGCGUCCUACCUGGCCUACUAGACCCAGUCGACCAAGUCGUCCAAGCAGACCAAGUAAGCCAAGCCGUCCAAGUAAACCCAGUCGUCCAACUAGACCAAGUAAACCAAGCAGACCAAGUUGGCCAAGUCGUCCUACUCGUCCAACACAAGGACCAUCAGUUCCCACAGAUCCAGUUGUAACUGAUGAACCCGUAACUGAUGAACCUGUUACUGAUGCACCAGAUACUGAAGGGCCUUCUACAGAAGAGCCCGAAACUGAAGCACCAGAUACUGAAGAACCUGACACUGAGGCACCAGAUACUGAAGAACCUGACACUGAGGCACCAGAUACUGAAGAACCUGACACUGAAGCACCCGAUACAGAGGAGCCUGUUACAGAGGAACCCGUGACUGAAGAACCAGACACCGAUGCACCGGACACUAACGAACCUGUUACGGAAGAACCAAGUACCGAAGAACCAAUUACUGAUGUGUCAGAUCCAACCGAACAAACUCAAGAACCUACUGUUUCUGAUACUCCAACGCGUCCUAGCUGGCCUACUAGACCCAGUCGACCAAGUCGCCCAAGCAGACCAAGUAAGCCAAGCCGUCCAAGUAAACCCAGUCGUCCAACUAGACCAAGUAAACCAAGCAGACCAAGUUGGCCAAGUCGUCCUACUCGUCCAACACAAGGACCAUCAAUUCCCACAGAUCCAGUUGUAACUGAUGAACCUGUAACUGAUGAACCUAUUACUGAUGCACCAGAUACUGAAGAGCCUUCUACAGAAGAGCCCGAAACUGAAGCACCAGAUACUGAAGAACCUGACACUGAAGCACCCGAUACAGAGGAACCUGUUACAGAGGAACCCGUGACUGAAGAACCAGACACCGAUGCACCGGACACUAACGAACCUGUUACCGAACAAACUCAAGAACCUACUGUUUCUGAUACUCCGACGCGUCCUAGCUGGCCUACUAGACCCAGUCGACCAAGUCGCCCAAGCAGACCAAGUAAGCCAACCCGUCCAAGUAAACCCAGUCGUCCAACUAGACCAAGUAAACCAAGCAGACCAAGUUGGCCAAGUCGUCCUACCCGUCCAACACAAGGACCAUCAAUUCCCACAGAUCCAGUUCUAACUGAUGAACCUGUUACCGAUGCACCAGCUACCGAGGAGCCUUCUACAGAAGAAACCGAAACCGAAGCACCUGAUACUGAAGAGCCUGACACUGAGACACCAGAUACUGAAGAACCUGACACUGAAGCACCCGUGACUGAAGAACCAGACACCGAUGCACCAGAUACUAACGAACCUGUUACGGAAGAACCAGAUACCGAAGAACCAGUUACUGAUGUGUCAGAUCCAACCGAACAAACGCAAGAACCUACUGUUUCUGAUACUCCGACGCGUCCUAGCUGGCCUACUAGACCCAGUCGACCAAGCCGCCCAAGCAAACCAAGUAAGCCAACUCGUCCAAGUAAACCCAGUCGUCCAACUAGACCAAGUAAACCAAGCAGACCAAGUUGGCCAAGUCGACCUACUCGUCCAACACAAGGACCAUCAAUUCCCACAGAUCCAGUUGAAACUGAGGAACCUGUUACUGAUGGUCCAGAAACUGAGGAACCAGAGACUGAAGAACCUGUCACUGAGGCACCAGAGACUGAAGAACCGGAAACCGAUGCACCCGAUACCGAAGAGCCAGCUACUGAAGAACCCGCUACUGACGUACCAGAAACUGAAGAAACUCAAGGCCCUACUAAACCAACACGUCCUAGUCGACCCACUAAGCCAAGUCGACCAAGCAGACCUACUCGCCCUGGUAAACCUAGUCGCCCUAGCAGACCAAGCAAACCUACUCGACCACCAACUAACGCUCCCACGGAUGUGCCAACUGAAGAAGUAACGGAAGAACAAACUGACGCUCCAACCGAAGAACCCACCGAAAAGCCAACCGAAGAACCUACUGACGAACCAACCGAAGAACCUGAGACUGAGGAGCCAGCGACUGAAGAAUCAAAGCCUACAGCUUCCAAUAAACCAACUCGUCCGAGUCGACCCAGUCGUCCAAGUAGACCAACUCGCCCAGGUAAACCUAGUCGUCCAAGUAGACCAACUCGCCCAGGUAAACCUAGUCGUCCAAGUAGACCAAGCAAACCAACACAAACACCGCCGGGUCCCACUGAUCCAGUUGUAACUGAUGAACCAACGGAUGCUCCGACGGAUGCACCGACUGAAGAGGUGACAGAGGAACAAACUGAAGCUCCAACCCAAGAACCUGAAACUGAGGAGCCAUCGACUGAUGAUCCAAAUCCUACAGCUUCCAAUAAACCAACUCGUCCGAGUCGACCCAGUCGCCCAAGUAGACCAACUCGCCCAGGUAAACCUAGUCGUCCAAGUAAACCAAGCAAACCAACAAAAUCAUCACAAAGACCGUCACCUACAAAACCAUCUCGCCCAUCUAGCUCAACUAAAGUACCAACAGCCGUAACAACUCAGCCACCUUCUGAAGACCAAACAGAUGAACCAGUUAGUGACCCUUCGGAGGAAAUAACCGAUGUACCCAUAGAGGAACCAACCGAUGUACCCUCAGAGGAACAAACCGAAGCACCUACAGAUGAACCAAGUGCUACUCCAACAGAAGAAACAACAGUUUUGGUAACAACUACUACUCCUGUGCCGAUUGCUACGACCGUGAGACCGUCGGACGAUGUGAUAAUAGCAGCAAUUUGCACCAACAGACCAAACGAUUGGUUCUUAGCAGCACAUCCUUCUGACUGCGCGAAAUACGUAGAAUGCGAAAAUGGAAUGUUUGUUGUAUCUCAGUGUCCCGACGGUAUGCAUUACAGUCCACUUAUGUACGGUUGCAUGGACCCUGAAAUCGCGAAAUGUACAAUUCAAUAACUGAGAAAGAAUAAGAGUAAAAUGUAUUUUGGUAUUUUUUGAAAAAUUAUUUAUGUAAUCGCACUAAAUAUGCGGUAUAUGUAUUUUAUUUAAUAUAUUUAACGUGUUAAAAAUUA